AUGUCCCGCUUGACACCCCUGCUGUGGACGAACAGGGCCUUCCAAGUGUUGGCAGCAGCCACAUGCCUGGCUGCCAUGGCCUCCAGCGCCUCAGCAGCAAUGGAUGCCCCUGUCUACACCAAGUCGGAGGACUACCCUCUGCCAACAGGCCUUGGCAGCUGGGCCUCUGUCAUGUCCGAAAUACUGCUAAACAGGGAGGGCGGUGCUUCAGCGGCUGCCAAACAACUGCAGUCGUUCCAGACUAUGGUGCAAACGCAGCUGCAGAAGCUGCAGACUGACUUUGCUGCCGGCAAGCCCUUCCCCGACCUCCCGGUCAUCCGCGACCUGAGAGCCUUCCAGGGCGGCCUCGACCUGAAGCCCGCCAACGUGACAGCGCUGAGCGUGUCAUCAGCUUUCAUCAACUACGCCCCUUGCCUCGUCAGCCAGGAUGCUGUCGGAGCGGCCGCCACCGCCGUCGGACUCAACAUCGUGCCCCAGGUGAUCAACGUUGCUGCCAAGGGUGCUUCUAUCCUGCCCAUCGGAAUCAACAUCAACCCCUCCGUCAUCAUCGUCAACCCCCAGGGCGCCGCCAUCUGGCCGCGUGGAGUGAACAUCCAGCCCACCCUGAUCGCUGUGGUGCCUACCGGUACCGCCGUGGCGCCAAAGGGAGUCUCAGUCACACCCACCGGAAUCGCCGUCACCGGCAAGUAGAGGCUCAGGCAACAAGCCCGGGCUCGCUGUAUAGCUGAUGCGAAUGCAGUCCUGGCAAGGAUUGCUCGUGGCAGCUUCACCUAGAGCCUGCUACAGGACGUAGGACUGAUCCCAAUGCUAGAAUUAAGAGAGUUUGAUGGGCAAUUCAUCAGUGGUUAUACAGCGGACAAAUCAUCUCAGGCGUCCAGAUUUUAUGAGUGCAAGCUUCAGGAAUGUGCCAGUUUGCAGCUCAGACCACCGAGCUUUAGUGGCCUUAAUACCCUUUUCUCCUGGGGCGAUUAAUUUAUUUCAUUCUUGGGAUGCAUGGUGCGUCGGGGCAUUUGCCGCGCACCCUGCAGUAGAUACAACUCGAACACGUGCCGUGAAGAAGAAGUUUCAGGUCAGGCAUGUCAUAAUGCGAGGGAUGAUGGCCGGAUAGGAAUCUGCACUGGACGAAAUUUUGGAUGGCACAUGCCUUGGCCCUGCAUGCAUGCGCAUGACUAAUGUGAAGCCAGCGCGAGAGAGUUUCUGCUAUUUUUACAGAGCGCCAUCUUCUGCAAAUCUCGAUCGUGAGAGUUCACUGGACACGGUAUCUUGCUGGCUGGAAGGCACACCAGAUUGCGCUGUUGAAUUGGACAACACUGUGAGUGCAUUGCACCUUUGUCUUCUGGUUGACCCACAGACAGAUAUGUUGAGGCUUCUAUGAUACGAGUGGAUCUGCUGUCUGCAAUGCAUUGGUACUGCAGAUGGCCAUCCAGAGCCGUCUUGUAAGAGCAUUUGUUUGCA